AUGAAUAAAAUUUUAAUUGCUUUAUUAUUUUUCUUAGCUAUUGUUUCAAUUGCUACAUCUCAAAACUCAACCGAAACCUCAUCAUCAGCUGCUAGUUCAACUGCUGGUUCAACUGGUAACAAUAGCACAGUUGGUACCUGUCAAACUUUCACUACUUGUGAUGAUUGCAGAGAAGACAGAGGUUGCGUUUGGUGUCCAUCAAGUGCCGUUUGUACUGAUGGUACCUUCUACGGUUCAAAACCAUUAGAAACCUGCAAAGAUUUCAUGUGGAUGCAAUGUAAAAUUCAAGGUCGUUGGGCAAUUUUAAUUGUUGCUGGUACAGCUCUUUUUAUUAUCAUCACAUUCUUUAUUUGCAUCUGUUGUUGUUGUUGCAAGAGAAAAUCAAGAAGAUCAUCAUACACUAUUCAAGACGAAGAAAACGAACGUCUUAUUUCACGUACUCCAAAGACCGACCAAAGAAGAGAAGAACUCAGAAGAAAAUACGGUCUCGGUAACAAGAAUAACAAUAACAAUUCCGAUCAAUGGAGAUAAAUUAAUAUUUAACAUAUUAAUUUAAUUUUUUUGAAAAAAAAAAAAAAAAAAAUACAUAUUGUAAAUGAAACACUUCUUUAAAAGCAUCAACAUUAUAAUUUAUAUUUUAUAAUUUACAAUUUAAUUUAUAAAAUAUAAAUU